CAGGUCACAUAUAUAUAUUCAAUACCUAUGCUAUGGGUAAUUGGUUAGGAAUUCAGAAUAGUUGGCUUUUAAAUAUAUUGAGUCCAUUUUUAAAUCCUGAAGCUGGAUUUCGUGAUACUAAACUUAGAUCUCAAAAUCAUGCUAACAAAAAUACAUAUUUUGCACCAUAUUUUAUAAUGGGAGGUCAUAAAUUUGAAAGAACCUAUCCUGAGACAUUUUUAUUUGGCGAUUUAACAGAUUUGAAAUAUCUUGGUCCACCUAUGCUUUUUCCUUAUAAAGCACCUAUGUGGUUUGAACCUGUCAGAACAUUGACGAGUCUUGUACAUAUCAGGAAAGACACAUUAAAAUUUAUAAGAAUGAAAACAAAUGAACUAGAUCAUAACACAGAUAUUUGUAAUGAUUCUCCAAAAUAUUGUAUAGAAUUUAUAUUUGAUGCUGAUGUUAAGAUAGCAAUAACCAUUUACUACUUUGCAAGAGAAAAUUUUGCCUCAGGGAAACUUAUUUAUACGCUAGAUGACAAAACUAUGAAGUCCCCCACGUAUAAUUACGAAUCCGGUUCGGGCCAGAUUUUCUGCCAAACAUCCCACGUUGUGGACCCAGCUAUCCUUCUCGAAAGCCAGCACAAACACCGUAAACACCGUCAUUGCCAUCGUCACGCCUCUCAGGCCAAUCCGGGAACCGCUUCUGGCAAAUAUGAUAACUCAUCCAGGUCUACCCACACCUCAUCAUCCCUAUUGUCUCCGCUCAAUUUUAAAGGUCUACAAAACUUGAACAAAUUCAACAAUCUUUUUCGUAGGACAAACACGAACAAUUCACUGAACACUGAUUCUACCGGGGUUAAUAUGAGCCACAAUACUCCUGAGGUUAAUAAUAUCGAUAUCUCUGGACAACCCAUGACGGAUGUCAAAUCAAGUUUGAGUGGCACUAUGCCUGGUAAAAGCUCUACUGCCGUUACUAUUAAUCCUACCAAAAGGCGUUACUCUUACAACAUGGGCACCGUUUUCCCUAACCAAAAAGCCCUAUAUAAGACCACGACUUUUUUGUCCCCUCAAAAUGUCGUCGUUCCAUUUCACAAGACAGGAUCCUGCUCUUAUGCUUCCAACACCGUGACUUCAAAUAAAAGCACCGCGCCGAAUGAUAAAGGCGGUACGUUUCAAGAAACCAUCGAAACUUGCGACAACGACACUUACAUCAAGAUGUCCAAGCUGAUGGAAAGGGAUUUGCCGCCAUCAAUAAGCGCCAAUUUGAACGUGAAAGAUGCUAAAUCAAAGGAUAAAAAUGCUCAGGGUAACGACGAUAAGCCAAAUUCCGUCAAAUAUCCGGUGGUUAUUUGUUGUGUGACUAGAGAACCCGAUAUGAACCGUCAAAUCCACGUGACUUUAGCUACCAUAGAAACGAGUCGAGACCGAACUACGGGCGGUUACGUUCUCAAACCUCUCAAACAGAAACUCAUAUCGGACGGCUUGUGCUUCCUGAUCCAAGAAAUUUACGGGAUCGAAAACAAAAUGGCCAACGAUGACGUCACGGAAUCGCCCGGGAAAAAAGAGACAUCUACUCCCAUUACUACCUCCCAUGUACCCGAAGAAUCCCUUAACCCGGUUUCAAAUCCGUUAUCCGAGGCAGUAUUAAGCGACAUGACUCAAAUACCCGGUCUGGCCUAUAAUCCGGCAGAUGAGCCUUCGUUUUCUUAUUCGAAAAAUUCAAAACCGGUAUUCGAUCAACUUUCUAAACCGUUAUUCGAUCAGCUUUCUAAACCGUUAUCCGAUUCUGAUAAUACUCGACUGAUUAAAAACCCAUCAGUUAACUCCUCGAAUCCGAAUUUAAAAGAGGUGUCCGCCCCUUUUCCGCUGACUCGACUGGACGACAAACUUUCGCACCCGUUAUCCGUUUCAAAAUCGAUAUCUGAUUUGAAUUCGGAGUACAAAUCGGUCCCUAGUUUAAUACCGGUAUCUUCACCUGUUGCUAUAACGAUAUUGGAUAGUGAUCGUUGCCAACCAGUAUCAGACUCAAAAUGUGAAACGGCACCCGGUCCGGUCUCUUGCUCCUCUUCCGAAGAUGACUCUUGUCAAGUAGACCAAUCGGAUUGCGUGGUUUGCUUGUCGAGGGCACGUGAUACCCUACUUUUGCCUUGCCGUCAUCUUUGUUUGUGCCACGCAUGCGCGACAGUGCUAAGGUUUCAAGACGGUAAUUGUCCGGUCUGUAGAAUCCCGUUUAAAGCGCUCUUGAGAUGCGAGGUCAUGAGAAAAAUAACCGCCGCAAAAAUGGCUGACCUUAAAGAGAUUCGAAAAAAUUCAGCUCGCGACAAAAUUCGCUCGGAUAAAAUAGAUGGCCGAUAUCUGGGAUUAGCCGAUAAAAAUAACGACGGGAAAUCGGAUAUCGAACCGGUUUACCAAAGUCUCAGGCCGGGAGGAAGCAAGACAAAACUAAACGAAAAAGUUCAAUCGAAUAUAAAAAACCGGCCAGGUAGUCCUAAUGAAUUUGUCGGCGGCAAAAAUCCGACUACUAGUAAUUCUAUCGAUAUCGCGUACGCUACUCCCGAAGAACGCGAAUCAGGUGUUGGCCGAAUCGGGAAAAUUGGGUUCAAGAAAAAACCAUUUCCGGAAAUACGGUUUCAAACCGGCGGACACCGUAACGCUGGCAAAUUAGAAUUGAAUCGCAUAUACUCGGAUAUAAAAGAAACGAGGUUUAAUAACCGCGACGGCAUCGAAUUAAACUCUAAAGAACACGAGAACACCAUUUGCUCGGGUGAGCCCCCCCUUUAUACCACCACCAACUUUCAGACGCCCCUUAAUCCCGCCACGGGGGAUGAACGCGACGCCAAGCCAAAACACAGACCCCGAACCACGUUAUCCCACAAAGUUGGCCGGGGUAAUUUGCCCCGUGGCUUCGAGACCGUGCCCCUUAUAGAAGCCCUGAACGGGCCUUCGGCUUGUCAGCGUCUGGUAGACGACAAUUUUCGAGGUCGCAGAGGGCGAAAAUGUGACAAGGACCCUAAUGGUUCCCCGUUUUCUCGUGCUGGGAAAGGUGGGGAUGAAGCUACAAACGAGAACGAGUAUUACUCUAUAAAAAUGAAUCUUCACGAACCCUAUUACGACUACCCCGAUAGGGUUCGCGGUCCCCUUUACGUUUUUCCCGCCAAAUCGACUUCGGAGGAUAAAAUCGGCGCCGAAAAAUCUACCGAAGUGUUUUACGAUACGGUCGAAGAGAUUCAACAAAGGCCUAGCGCUAGUUCCCCUAGGCUCGAUGAAAAGGCGGACAAAGAUCGUAACGUAUCACGUGGCUUCUCGAUACGCGACAUUCAACGCCAAAAUACUUUGAUCGAUGACGUCAAUUCGUUUGUAAAUAGUAUGGCGAUAAAUGGCCGCUAUUCUCUCGAUCCCACAACUUCCAACCAAAAUAAAUUCGCUACUCGCAAAAGUUUAACCCCCAACUCGAAUCGUCUCCGAAUUUCGAGGUUCGACCAAAAUCGCGAUUUCCCAAACCGCGAAUCGAAUAUCGACAAAACAUUUUUGAUCGUUAAACCUCCCGAAACGCCGCCAAAGUCGGUUCAAAAUAACAAUAUUCGCAAGUACCAUUCGCUGACUUACCCGCUUUGCUCGUAUCUCCCUCUAACGAACGUCGAAUCGGGCUCGGGGAUUAAUUUUUUCCCGAAGCGAUAUUCUCGAAGCUCGAAACAAGCCUUCCAAAAUUUUUCCAGAAAUUCCAUGAAUAUUCUUCCUGGCCUCCACCAUUACAAGAUGGCCAGGGGUCGCAGUUUGGGAGUCAUUUAUGACCCCAAAACACCCCGAAAAGAUGGCGACGGAAAUGAUCUAGACGCGCGUUGUCAAGCUGCGGGAAACGAGCAAUUCUACGAUUUUACUUCCCCUUCUUGCACCUCUACUUCCUGCGAAUCCUCAAGGGAAAAUGUUUCUUUCUCCGAUUGACACAUACAUACACUUUGAUUUUUUUUUAAAAAAAGGGUUAAUACCUACCCCCCUUUAUUAUAGAUAAUUAUUUAGAUGAACAUAAAGAUAAUGUCCAUAUUUAAAAAAAAACACUAAAGUUCUCGAAGCAUUUAAAAGGAAAAAAUUUAAUAACCCAAAAAAACGCAUUUUAUAUCUACAGUUGCGCUUCUCCCACCACUACCUUUCUCGUUAAGAUGCGGGAAAGUGUUGGGGGGGGGGGUGUUUAAAGUUGUCAAAAAUUGGUCGUUUAUCAAUCACGUGAUUAAGGCAGCAGCCAAUAAAAUUCAGCACCCCAUCUGCUUAAAAAAAAUAAAUGCACGAUUGCCGUCUAUAAUUUCGUUUUUUUUUAAAAAAAAUUCGCGUAUAUUUAUAUAUUAUUAUAAAUCAUGAAAAUUAUUAUAUACGAUAAUUUAUAUUUUUUUAAAAAAAAAAAAAUUGUGCAUAAAAAUUUACUAUGCAGUGUAUACUACGUAUCCGCCAUUUUUUUUAAAAAUCUACAUUUUUAAAAAUUUCAAAUUUCCCUUUUUUUUGGCCAAUCGGAGAAUAUCAUAUAGCUUUGUAAAUACUUAAAACUAUUAUUUAUACAUUUUUAGAAAAUCACUAAAGAAUCAGCCAACCUAUAUGCGGGGAGUGGAAGGGGGUUGGCUAAAUAUUCUUUUUUUAACGCUUCUAUAAAUCACUCUUUAAAGUUGGGUCUUUUUUUUAUUAUAGCACGUAAUUUUUUUUUUAUCAAAAAUUAUUAUUUGUGAUAUUCGGAUCUAUACUUAUAAGAUAAUAAUUCAACGAAAUACUU